AUGGAGGGGAACACAGAGUUGGUGUUGGACAGUCCGAAGAUUCCACAGGCGUUGGUAGAUGGGGUUCCAUUGCUGAGAAUUACACGUCGAAAGAAGGUACAGAGGAUCUUUAAGGUUGACCUGGAGAAGGCGCUGUUGAUGUGGAGUAACAAGGCGGUCUCGUUGGAUAGGAUUCAACAGAUACGUGUUGGUGAUGAUGCCAGAAACUACCGUGAAGAGUAUGGGGUUUCGAAGAACUAUAACAAUAGAUGGGCAACAAUCCUCUACAAGGACAUAUCCACCGGGAAGUUGAAGACUUUGAAUAUCAUUGCUCCGUCAAGGGCAGAGUUUGAAGUGUUCAUCUCGACGUUGGAUCGUCUUGUUACAAGGAGAAGACAACUGAUGAGAUACUUAUCCAUACCAGAUGAGAACUUUGCACAUAUCCAUUGGAAGAACUAUAUCGAUAAAGAACCACACAGGAAACAGUGCCUAUCGUUUGAAGACAUUGUGAAAUUGACAAAGAGACUGCACAUAAAUUGCGAUGAGGAGCACCUGUUGAGGAUAUUUAACGAUACAGAUUCUAACCAUAAUGGUUCUUUAAACUUUGAGGAGUUUCAAAAAUUCGUUAAACAGCUGAAGCAAAGACCGGAAAUCAUCGGGAUAUUCAAAACCGUGACUAAAACUGAGACCAUAUCGUUUGAACAAUUUGAAGGAUUUGUAUCGAAGGUGCAGAAACAAUCGACCAAGGGCCUCGACAAGAUCUUCACAAGAUUUACGAGAAGUACAGAUGGGGUUAUGACCAUUGACGGGUUUACAGAUUUUCUAUCGUCCACAUACUCUCAAGCGACAGUGGAUUCUUCUGAGGACCUUUCACAUCCAUUUAAUGAAUACUUCAUAUCCUCUUCCCAUAACACAUAUUUGUUGGGACGACAAUUCGGAAAUUCAACAUCGAUUGAGGGCUACAUAAGAGCUUUGCAACGUGGUUGUCGCUCUGUGGAAAUUGAUAUCUGGGAUGGCGAUCACGGACCAGUGGUAUCUCAUGGCAAAAUUACAUCGUCCAUCCCCUUGAGAGAUGUGUUGGAAACUGUUAUGAAAUACGCAUUCAUACUCACACCUUUCCCUUUGUUUUUGUCUUUGGAAGUGCACUGUAAACCUGUUUUUCAACUCAUAGUAAGGGAUCUUUUAGUUGAAAUAUUGGGUGAUGUUUUGGUGACUGAAGCAUCCAUCCAUCACAAGUUUAAGCUUCCGAGCCCUAUGGAUCUAAAACAUAGGAUUCUUGUGAAGGUUAAAAAGACGUCCUUUGAAGACUCAGAUGUCUCACAGAGCUCUUUCUCAUCGAGCUCUGUGACAUCAAGCUCUACAACAACGACUGCACAGGAAGAAGAUGAAGAAGAAUCACAACAGUCAAAGACUAAAAUCAAAAGGAGUAAGAAAUAUUCCCAGAUUAUUCCAGAGCUUGCUGCUUUGGGAGUAUACUCCCAAGGCUUGAAAUUCAUAAACUUUUCUCUUCCAGAGUCUAAGCAACCAAACCAUAUUUUUUCAUUCAGUGACAGAAACUUCCAAAAUAUGAUCAAGGAUCAGGAAAAGAAGUAUUUGAUCCAAAAGCAUAACAGAACUUUCAUGAUGCGUGUAUACCCAGCUGGCUAUAGGUAUAACUCAACGAAUUUCUCACCAAUUAUUCCUUGGACUUUUGGGGUGCAAAUGGUUGCUACUAAUUGGCAAACAUACGAUACAGGCCAACAGGUCAAUGAAGCAAUGUUUGACUGUGGAUCCAAAUGUGGAUAUAAAUUGAAACCUCCGGAGUUGCGAAACAUUGACCCAUUUACGAAAUUUAAGAAUAUCCAAACAAAGCAGUCAUAUGUCAAGUUUUCAAUUGAGAUCAUCUCUGGACAGUUAUUGCCUAGACCCAAAGAACUCAGACCGGAAGAUCCUCUAAGUCCAUUUGUCGUCCUUGAAUUUGUCGAGUCGACCCAAAUUGUUCCAUUAAAGUGUACCGACUUGGACUCAAAUACUGUAACAUAUAUCGAUUCGCCGGUCACCUCUACCAAGUCCAUCAAAUCUAAUGGAUUCAAUCCAUUGUGGAAAUACAAGGUUGAAGGAGUCAUGAAGGAUGCUUAUGGACUCAACUUUAUCAAGUUUUCAGUCAAGACAAGGGAUGUUGCAGUUGCUGUGAACUGCUUUAAACUGGAUAACUUGCAGCAAGGAUAUAGACAUAUCCCACUGCAUGAUUUGCAAGGUGAAGAGUACAUAUUUUCAACCCUCUUUGUCAAGUUAAAUUACGAAACGUUUACGAAGUAA